GCAUCUACACCCGUUAGACCGCGAACUCGAUUCGCUCGUAGAGGGGCAGCAUAAAAAUGGAAAUUCCCGACUGUUGCCUAUUCACACAGUCUCGUGAAUGCCCGCGUCUCGUUGGUUGAGCCUGUACGUACACUCUCACGAGCAUCUUCCUCCGCUGCGUCCCGGACGACGCUAUAUGUAUUACCAACCUCCGCCAUGGUUGACCAUAGACCGGCUCACAAGUGGCCGAGACAUUCGCCUCUCGACCGCGACCAUGAGAGCACUCAACUCGCGACGCCUACAGCCAACAAGGACCUUCCAUCUCUUCCCUCGAUCUUUCCUCUGUCUGCUGUUUCUCCUGUUCGUUCUCCGCGUUGGCCAACCACGCAGUGUAUCGCACGAUGAACAGAACCAGGUUCAACCAGUUGCCAAACUUUCGCCGGGCGCGAAGAAAGACGACUUUGGUGAAAUAAAUUCGAUGGAGAUCGCCGAGCUCAAGCCCGAAGAAUCGACGGAGGACAUUGGAGAAAUUUGUGGAUCGCUGAACGUAAACUGUGGUGAUGAGGAACACGAUCUCGUAGUGUUCGAAGCAGAGUCGAGGAAGAAAAGGGAGAAUCGGAAGACGAAGAAGGUGGUGGACGUGGUUGGAGCGAGUGACGAGGGUAGCAGCGAGGUGUUAAAACAGGAAGACGAGGAAGCUGGUGUGGUGAAAAAGCGUAGAAGAAACGACGUUGCUUUGGUCGGUAAAUCCGAGGUUCGAGAAAGCGAAGGGAUUCCAGUUGGACAGAUCGGAGAAGCUACGGACGAGGGAAUCAGGAGAUUCGAUUCGCAAGUGGAUGCCGAUGGUGUUGCACCUGGCCCGUUCGACGCACGCCACAGUAACGAAGAGUACGAAGGCUCUGUAAAAGCGAUCGAGCCUAAAGAAUCGGAGAUAUCCAAUGCCGAGGAGAGUCGCAUCCAGGAUGAUGAAAAAUCGAAACAAGCGCUUCCCGAUUACUUUCGAAAAUCGGGAAAGCUCGAAGACGACGAUAGCGAAAACGAAAACGAAAAGGAAUACUCGGACAAGAGUGCAGACUCCGAAGAAAGGAAAGAGUUUUUCGCGAAUAGAGAAUACAGAUCAUUCGUCGAGCCUCGGGGUAAAUCGAAACGUAAGAGUUCCACCGUUUACUUGAACGCGGAAGAGAAGAAGAUAUCCGAUGGGGAACAGCAAUCGAUCGUCGAUGGACAGAUAAAGAAGUUAAUAUCGAUUCGCGACGACGCGCUGGACGCUCAGAAGACCGACAAGAUAGACGAGACCAAAGUCUUAAAUUCUAAACGGCAGGUUGAGACGGACGAGUGGCUUGCCUUUAACGAGGAGAAGGUUCGGAGCGCGAACAAGGGUAACAAGCAAAAAUCGGGCAGAGUGGAGGAUCUUCAUCGAGUCAGGCUUCUCACCCCGGACGUCGCGGUGUACAACAUCCUGCAAGACGCCCUGGAAUCGUAUCCCAACGACGAAACGCUGGUCUCUUACAUCGAUCCGAAAAACGAUACUCUGAAGGAAUUGCUCACUUUCGAUCAGUUGACUAUUCUCCAGAUGGCCGAGAAAUUUUUACCUCAAGCCUUACGCCGAGAAUAUUCCGACAAGAUGUUUUCGUGCGUCAGGAGAUUCGAAUAUUUUAGUUGCGUCAAGUACUUUGCGUGGCCUUUGGUCAAACAAUACUUCCCAGCGUUGCCCGCUUUUCCAGAUUACCAAUGUUGGUAUCCGAUCGCCGAUCUGUCCCCCCAGUAUCCGAUUUUCCCCUUCCCCAGCUUCUCGGAAGAGAUCGGCGAGCUGCCAGAAGUGGUGGACGCCGAUGGUACCAGAACGAGGAAGCCUAGACCGGAGGCGCUCAUCAUCCAGGUUCUUCAAAAUACGCUAAAGGAACAGCCACGAAUAUCCACUUCGCCGUCUUUUCUGGAUCAAUCGAUGGAUACGUAUAUAACUCUGAUACCCGAGGAUCAAUUAUUAACCAUCAACAUGGCCGAGCAAUUGAUCCCAAUCUCUUAUCGGCCAGAAUUUGUCCAGAAGACUGUCAGAUGCAUGAAGGAGUACAACUAUCUCUCUUGUUUCAAAUACUCAGCCUGGCCAACGGUCAAACGUUUCAUUCCUACUCUUCCGGACAUUUUCAGCCUCAUGCCGGAGUUUCAGGGUGCAGGACUGUCGUCGGACGUUGGUAGCUACGUUCCACAACUCUCCGCCUAUUCCAAUCUCAACUUCUACGUGCCUGUCGGAGCAACUACCGUUCCAAAGGAUACCGAGGCGCCGGCUUAUUCGUCGCUAAAGAAUCGAGGAACUUUGUUACGAUCUUCCGACCAGUUGGAGACCAAGAUCUUGGAGAUCCUACAGAAGGUCUAUCUUACGAAAUCCUACGAGCAAGCCAGAGAGAUACCGUCGUUUAUUUUAACGGGAAACGCCGUGAGAUUCGUUACGUUUACCAAGAGGCAAAUUGAAAUUUUACACCUGACGGAAUCUCUCCUUCCGCCAUCUGCUCGCGCGACUUUUAUCACCGAGUUUCUUUCCUAUCUUCAGAAGAGCAACGAUUUCAUCGACGCCGCCAGAUACAUAAUAUGGCCGACGAUCGCAAAGUACCAGCCGACUUUAUCCGAAUUCCCACGAUCCGAGGUUCCCGAUCACGCAAAGGAGCCAGUUGAUCCGCAAGGAUCUUCGGAGAUCGAGGAAAGCUCGAUAAAUCCUGGGCUUCUGAUACAAGAACGGGUCGUGUCGAACGUGGAAAAAGAAAAGGCGGCGGGUAUCUUCUUCAGAGACAAGGAAUCGCGAAACAGAGUACCUAACGUACCGGUAAUCAGCGUAUCGGGCACUAGAUUUGUCCCAAUAUUCUCCGAGCUUCCAGAGUCUGUGAUUUAUAACAUUCUUCGAUCGGUUCAACUGCAAUCCAUCAAAUCUACUUCGGCAACUUCCAGUUUCACGACCAAAAACCAGGAAUUCCUCGACUUGCUUACCGUGCAACAGGCGAAUAUCAUUGGUAUCGUGGAUACUCUGCUUCCGGACAGUGUUCGACCCGAUUUUGUCAACUCGAUGCUUUCGUGCUUACGCACCGAAAACUUUCUCAUAUGCACCAGGGACGUGGUUUGGCCAACGUUGUCGCUCUAUUUUCCCUGGUUGCCUAAUUUCCCGGAUUUUGGAAUCGUAAGCAGCGUACGACCCAGUGGUUCGCCCAGUGUCGUCUCUAAUUCCACGCUAACGGAAUCUAGCUCUAGUUCCGAUACCCCGGCUCUUUCAGAGACCGACGUGAAGACAGGACAGCACGGGGACACCACGGUGACCAUAACCGACACCAGAUUCUUUCCAAUUUACAACGAAUUGCCAGAGACUAUCAUAUCCAACAUCCUGAAAGCUGUUCAAUUUUCUAUUCCUAAUUUACCUGGUUCCCCAGCUCCGUUAAGAACGCAAGAGUUUUCGCCGCAUCUGUCCGACCAUCAGAUCAAUAUUAUAAAUAUCGCGGAGAAUUUGUUGCCGAUUCCAACGAGGCUCGAAUAUAUCGAGAAUAUGAAGCCAUGCAUCGAGGAACGAAACUUCUUGCAAUGCAGCAGAGACGUUACUUGGCCAACGAUCGCCAAGUUUUAUCCAUGGCUACCUAGCUUCCCGAAUUUCGGUACUCUUCAGAAUCUGCCUGACGAGUCGAGUUCUCAAGCUGGUUUGAUCAAAGAGGCAGAACUUUUAGAGCAAGCCGAGGGAAAAAUAGAGAAUAUCUUAUCCGACAUUUUGGGCAAGAGUCCGGAAUUGGAGCGAUCGUAUUUAAAUCUAACCGAUUCUGUUAGCUCCAGUUUGAACAACAGACAGAUAAAUAUCAUCAGAUUGGUGGAAAGAGCAAUACCAGACGCGGCUAGACAAUCUUACGUCACGCGAAUGCAAAAUUGCAUAACGGGUUACAAUUUUCUAGCUUGCACGAAUAACAUAAUCUGGCCAAUUCUCAAACAAUACAGUUUCUCGUUGCCCGACUUUUCCAGCAUCAGCGAUUUGUUUUCUCAGUUCCCCGGCAUCGUACAGAUUCCUCCUGACCUGCCAGACUUUGGAUCCAUCGCCAGUAACAUUCCAAGUAUUUCUCAACUACCAGGGAUUUUACAGAUCCCCGGAAUUUCCCAGCUGUCAACCGGGUUUCCCACGUUGUCGACGCAGCCUGGCGAACUCGCGGCACGAAGACUCGCAAAAUUCGCAGAGCGAUACGCGCGCAGAAGCCCAGGAGGGCAACUCGAAAGGAGACCCAACGAUCACGCCGUCAACAAUGACGGAGCCGUCCCAGGAUACGCAAACCAACCGCCAGGCAUCCUCAUAGACAUCUCCAACGAGAAAGUCGACUUGUCCGAUACUGAUAGAGAAGCAGCAACUAUCGAUUCAAAAUCGUCGGAAGAAGUUAAAAGUAGACAACGUAGGAGCACCAUAGACGUCCUCGGCUCUUAUUACGAUAACGAAGAAGCGGACACAGCGGAUAGCUUGGCGUCUUCGAAAUCGUCGACCCUGGCGUUGCCAAACAUCACGGAAUCCGAGUACCUUCGUCUAUUGAUCAAAAUGAAGGAGAAUCUGAGAUUUUCCAACGCGAAUCCCUCUAAAUCGGAACAGUAUCUCGCCGACAAGUUGAACUCCACGAUGAGAAAUUCUUUGACCGCCGACCAGUACGAGAUCUUAAAGAUUAUCCAAGACUUGGAAGAUCGACCAUCGAGCAAAGGACUUACGCAGCAGGUUAUACAGUGUCUUCUGAGUCUCAGUUUCAUACGAUGCUUGGGUAUCUUCGUUUGGCCGCUUGUCGUCAGUAAUCUGCCUUCUCUUCCCGGUCUUCCGUCUCUACCAAGUUUCGGUAUCUUGGGGCGUAACUUGGACACGGACAGCCAGGUGCGCAAUUUCUUCGGCAUGUCGACGACCGACUUCGAGCAGAAGCUGCUGGAAAGGAAGGAAUCGAUCGAGAGCUUCUUACUCGACUGGUACAGAAAGCUGGCGGAGGACAAGUUUCAAACGGAUGUAGGAUAUCUCAAGAUCAAGGGCUAUGGGAAUAACCAGCUGGGAAUUAGCUUCUCCGGAUUCAGAGAAGGUAGAGGAGCGAAACUCAAGGAUAACAAGAAUCUUCCUAGUAUAUUGACGAUCAUAAGCGACAUAAUGGAGGAAGUUUUGGACCAACGACCCGAAGGUGACAGAGCGAAGAAGGAUAAGGAGAAGAGGGAAAGAAGCAUAAAAGGUUCGAGAGAAACUGAUAUUCAGUUCUUGAAGAACAGCGAGGAGAUCGUUGAUAUUAAGAGGUCGAUAGACGACGAUGAGAUUAUCACGCUGUUUCUCGACAGGAUCAGACCGAACGAUUCAGAGGUAGAGAACGACGAUACCAAGUAUACUUCUGAUGACGCGUACGAUGCUUUCGGAGUUCUCUUUGGGACGAAAUUGCACGACAAACUUGCCGGCGAAAUAGAAUCCCUCGAUGCCGAGCUUAGAAUGGAAAAAGCAGAGAACGGUCCGAUAGAGCCGAUAAGGGAAGUGGACAUCGUGUCUUUAGAGUCUGAAAAAGAUUCUGACGAGUUGAAGGUUCUACCGACGAAGAGCCAAGUGGCGUACGAUUUCGAGAAGGAGUUGUCGCGGGACCAAGAAGAAAGACAAAGAAGGAAACGAGCCAAGAACUUUUUCAAAUCUUUUUUGGAGAAAUAUUCGGACAGACGGUCCAAGGACCACUCGAACGCGGAAAGUUUCGAUAACGUCGGGGAUAAUAAAAUCAUGGAAGAAUAUGAGAAAGACGCGAAAUCCACUUUGGUCGUUCAACUGCCACGUUUACACGAGGAAGUGGUGUCGAGAAAGGUGACCAAUUCGAUGAUUCACAUGGGCAAAGCUUUCAAGACGAAGAUGACGCAGAUGAUGCCAGGAUUCGGACUGGUCCUGUCGUUUUUGCUUCAAAUGGCACUGGCUCACGCGCGUGCAACCGCGUCAAUGGCUGGAAUGAUCAGCAAUAUGGCUCUCGGAACGGCUAUGUUCGGAAUGAUUCGAGAUUCUUUCUUUGGAUCGAGCGGUCAUCCAAAAAUUAAGUACGUUUACGACAACGAUAAGAACGGACCAGGAAUCUCUUGGCCUACUCAAUACGAAUCCGGUUCUCGUUAUUACGGAUAGCCAUCGUUAUAGAUAACUAAUUAUUACGUUAUUGGAAUAUUAUAUCGGAUAGUGGAGCGAUGAAAUUUCACGCGAUAUUCGUUAGAUCUCUGACACGCGUAGCGAUUUUGAUAAAUGUAGCGAUAGGAGUAAACGAUGUUGGAGGAUUCCGGAUUUCAUGGGAACAGGAGUCGAAUUAUCUGGAGUCGGGGUGCAUAGGCUAGCCUACGAGCCAGUUUUAAAUAAGUAAGAGGGUUCUACGGUUACUGAUUACGAUUACGCUAUGGUAGAAUUGUAGUUGACGCACGGCACUUGAUCUACUAAGAGUUAAGACGUAUCGACUUGGUUGGUCGAGGGUUCGUCGUUCGUUUACCUUAAAGGCUGAAUAACAAUGAACUAUUGGGCUAGCUUUAAUUUUCUUCCGUAACGCGGUUGACGACGAUCCGAUCGUCGGCGCUCUUACUCAGUCUUCCCACGAAAUAAAUACAUAUCUACAUAGACAUUUUAACAGCACGGACUGCAGAGACUCGAUCUUAGUUAGGAACAAAUGUAGCUCACAAUCGAUACGUUUCGACGAGUUUAUUUUAAAUAAAAUUCGUAUCAGCUCUUGUUCGUUCGUGGAGGGUUUAAUGGUGAAGGGUAACACAAUAUCUUGAUUGCGCUGUUCUCUUAUCGAUCUGCGUAUAAUCGAAUUGCGCUCAAUAACUAAGGACAACACGUAGGUGGUAUACGUAUAUUGUAAAGGCCUUAGCUGCUAAGACUGCCAGCGAUUCUCGCUAGUUUCUCGCAAUAUCUACCUUUACGAAGAAUAAAAAAACGCUUGAGAAUCCACCCAUCCUGGUUUCCUUCCUACGAGCACCUCUGACUUAGCUACCGCUUUUUAUCGAUCCUUCUGUU